GGAUUUAUGGAUAGCGUGAAAAGAAGUGCACCGUUACAGCUAGUGCUAGCACCGCGAACCCGGCGCACCGACGUGACAAGAUCCAACGACGACGACGACAGCGUCACUCCUGUGUUUCCUCGCGGGUCUCCUCGCGGACCCCGAGUUUCUCACCGCCGCAAGAGACACGAAAGUGUUUCGCGUGUUUUUAUACGACGAUACAAACUACUGGUAAUACUUUCAGUAAGAUCUGAAAUCAAAGCCAACGAGCAGAAGGAAUUGGCAGUCGUGAUACGCAGAUGUAAUUCAAAUGCUCAUUGAUUCACGGGGGAUCGGAAGUGAUUGGAGUCCGGCGGAAAGGAUUUUCGGGCAAGCGGCUGACAGCAUCCGUUCGAUCUUCGUCGAGAGCAUUCGCCGGAUUUCCGAACGAUAGAAUGUGCAGCUGAUCGGAAUGACGAGGCACUCCUUGGUGAUCAUAUGCUGCUACUUGUACACCCUGUUUGACAUGGCCACCCCUCACUUCCCAGAGCUGGACUUCGAUGAGUAUGGGAAAAAGGAGACCUCCUUGUCCCUGAAGGACAUCCUGCCUUUGAAUCCAAAGCAGUACGACAAGCACAGAGCGCCAAAGUUCCUCGGGCAGCCCACCGUCGUUUAUUUUCAUGUGACAGUGCUCAGUCUAGACUCGAUAAAUGAGGAAUCGAUGUGCGGCAUCUGUGUUCACAUUGUUUUUCCAACGGCGACAGACGUACGUGGCCGACAUAUUUCUCGCGCAGAGCUGGCGGGACUCAAGAUUGCGAUUGCCGGAGAACAUGUCCGAGGAUUACAGGAUUCUCGAUGUGGAUUGGCUGCACAACAUCUGGAGGCCCGACUGCUUCUUCAAGAAUGCAAAGAAAGUUACCUUCCACGAGAUGUCGAUACCAAACCACUAUCUCUGGCUGUAUCACGACAAAACGCUGCUUUACAUGUCCAAAUUGACAUUGGUGCUCUCCUGCGCGAUGAAGUUCGAGUCCUAUCCUCACGACACUCAGAUCUGUUCGAUGAUGAUCGAGAGCCUUUCUCACACGACGCAAGACCUGGUGUUCCUCUGGAACACGACCGAUCCCCUUGUGGUGAAUCCGGAGAUAGAGCUGCCGCAACUCGACAUAUCGAACAACUACACGACCGACUGUACGAUCGAAUACUCCACCGGAAACUUCACGUGCAUACAGAUUGUCUUCAAUCUGCGCCGGAGACUGGGUUAUCACCUGUUCCAUACGUACAUCCCGUCCGCCCUGAUCGUAGUCAUGUCCUGGAUCGCCUUUUGGAUCAAGCCGGAAGCCAUCCCGGCGCGGGUCACGCUCGGUGUGACGUCACUAUUGACCCUCGCCACUCAAAACACGCAGUCUCAGCAAUCUCUGCCGCCGGUCUCGUACGUGAAGGCAAUCGAUGUGUGGAUGUCUUCGUGCAGCGUGUUCGUCUUCCUGUCCCUCAUGGAAUUCGCAGUAGUGAACAACUAUAUGGGACCCAUCGCCACGAAGGCCAUGAAGGGCUACUCGGACGAGGAUCUUCGAGAGGCCAUCGACGAUUUCAAGGUAGACAAAGAGGGGAAAAAAGCGCUGUGCGCGAUAUUUACAGCGAGUGCUUCGCUGGCUCUCCGCGAAAUUGAUAGUCGAGAUAAAGCGAAGGUACUCGCGGCACUGUCGCUCGAGUGCAACGCCAUUCCAUUCUGCCGGUGCAAGAUAUCGCUCAAUUGAAUAAAAACGCCGGGAAUAAAUGGCACUGCAUUGUAAACUACGACCGCAUUAUAAAUUAUCGACGCUCGUGGGGCCGUGAAAAUUGUCAGGACGAGCGAUCAAGUUACGUCAUUUCGCUCACGACCAGGAGAGGAAGGGAAGAAAGACGUUUCGCGUGCGUACAAAAGCAAUGCAGCUGUAUAAAAGAAAAAAUUUAAAUUAAUUUACUAUCUACCUACUGGCGAUAUACAGCAUUGCUUUUAAAUUAAUUUUUUUCAAUUUUCAAUUUUAGCUUUUUUUAUUUUUUUCCUUGACAUAAAAGGAAUAUUUCUGCUGAAUUCUCUGAUUUCCUGAAAAUUCUUUGUGCUGCUGUAUUUCUAUAAAUAUUACUUUCUUUUAACGUUUCUAUUUCCCAAUCUUUUCUCGUGUUGCACAGCAAGCAUCAUCUGUAGCGCGAACUGUGGCGAAGUAUCGCCAUUCGAAGUACGACUACUCUUAGACGAUAUCGUCUGUCCGUAUCGCGUGGCGAGUAUAACUUCCCGUGGUAACUCCCCUGCCUUUCGAGCAAGUUUGAGAGUUUUAUUUUAUUGCGAUUGUAUUCAUCCACCACUCGACUCGCGCGGUGAUAUAUCUGUUCUGUCCUUUUCUCUUACGGUUUACGCCGGCUUUGUGGUUCACCAUCCACACCGCACAGUAGUGCGCGUCCCACCGUUUUCGCCGCGUCGCGUCGCUCCCGCAUAAUAUCCGCUCAUACUACUUCAACGUACACUUUAACCCUAUUCUAGGACGCUCUUCAGGCGCGAAAUAAAUAUUACCCUUGUCUAGCAGUUGAUAACCAAAAGCUUUUUAUACUUUAAAGUGCAAUUAUCAUUUUUUCGUAUAAUCUCGCAUUGCAUCAAUUCUGUUAUGGAAAUGCCAAGCAUCUACGAUUUAGAAGCAGAACAUUUACGUAUCUAAUUCAUUCCUUUCAUGUUGUUAUCUUUUCCACAUUGUAAUCCUGUUCUCGACACGAUUAAUUGCCAUGCUCUAAGCACAAUAGUCUAAUAAUCUGAUAUGCACUUACCUUGAAGAAUAAUCUUGAUUAAAUACUAAGUAAAGGAAGAAACAAAGACCGUAAAUCGAUGUGACAUGCAUAUGGGUCAAUUUUUUUUAUGUUCUUGUACGUUAUUCUGUGUGAUUGUAUUUUUAAUUUUUAAUUUUUCGUGUCAUAGACACCGAUGCGACCAGACGCUGAAAGAAGUAGAAGUCCGGUGAGGUCACCGGCGGUUCAGUACGACGAGUGCUGCCAAGGACGGGCCACCGCCAUUUACAUCGACAAGGUUUCCAGAUUCUUCUUCCCCUUCUCGUUC